GACGAUUAAACAAUUUCCAAUGGCAAAUAAAGAAAGAAUUAUCCAAAGUUGGUUGUUAUCAACAUUCAACACACAACACACUCAGAUACGAGUUGUGAAAAACAUGUAACAUGACGUGGUUUUGCGGUGUCAGUUUUAUCUUGUCUCCAACUCCAACCCUUUCCAAUUCACAUAAAUAUAAAAUUCUCAACUUACUUUCUUCUUACAAUUUUAUUUUUACAUAUAUCUAUCUAUGUCUAUAUAUCUAUAUAUCAUUACCAGUAUUUGAAAAAUGCCUGGUCUCAUUGCUGGUGAGAAAAAAUUUACAAUGAAAAAAAAGAGUUUUUCAGAUUUGGCGAAUCAAGAUAAGUCAAUUGUUUCCAACGAGGCUCUCGAUGAUGAUGAUAAUAGUUCUAUUUUUGCUGGGCUAUCUGAUGACGUUUCGAAGUAUUGUCUCGCACUCGUGCCUCGUUCGAAUUUUCUAGCCAUGGGCUGUGUCUCUAAAAGAUGGAAGCGUUUUAUUCAGAGCAAAGAGUUCAUAACCGUGCGAAAACUGUCCGGGCAGCUUGAGGAAUGGCUCUAUAUCUUGACAUCAGAUAGUGAAGGAAAAGGAAGUCAUUGGGAGGUUAUGGAUUCUUUUGGUCAUAACCGCCGCUCUCUUCCACCAAUGCCUGGUACACGGAAGGCUGAGUUCGGCGUCGUGGUUCUUAACGGAAAACUUCUUGUUAUGGCCGGCCAUUCAUCGAUUGAUGGACCUGUUUCUGUCUCGCCAGAGGUUUACCAAUAUAAUUCUAACCUCGACAGUUGGAUGAGAUUGUCAAACAUGAAUGUGGCUCGGUACGAUUUCGCCUCUGCAGAAGUCAAUGGCUUGGUUUAUGCAGUUGGGGGAUAUGGAGCAGAAGGCCACAGUCUCUCUAGCGCCGAGGUUUAUGAUCCGGAUACUAACAAGUGGACGUUGAUCGAGAGUCUUCGUCGUCCAAGAUGGGGUUGUUUUGCUUGUGGAUUCGAGGGGAAGCUCUAUGUGAUGGGCGGAAGGUCAAGUUUUACGAUCGGAAACUCCAAGUCUGUCGAUGUUUACGAUCCCAAGAAGCAAAGCUGGUGCGAGAUGAAAAAAGGGUGUGUUAUGGUCACUGCUCAUGCAGUACUUGAAAAGAAGUUGUUCUGUAUGGAGUGGAAGAAUCAAAGAAAGUUAUCGAUAUUCAAUCCUGAUGAUCAUUCAUGGAAAACCGUAUCGGUGCCUCUGACGGGGAGUUCGAGUGUUGGUUUUAGAUUUGGGAUUCUGAAUGGUAAGCUUUUGCUGUUUUCACUGAAAGAAGAUCCUACUUAUAGGACUUUGUUGUAUGAUCCGAAUGCGUCGCCAGGGUCGGAGUGGGGGACUACUGAUAUAAAACCUUCUGGUGUGUGCUUGUGCAGUGUAACUAUCAAUGCCUGAAAAUGUUUAAUGCUUCUGAAUUGGAGAUAUUGAUAGAGUAGGCAAUAGAGCUAGUGUUUUAUGUUGUUUUAUGAUUGUGAUUCUAGUAGUGUACAUGGUUAUGGAAAGAAAAUUGCAACCACAAUUUUGGCUGCAACAUGUUUUUUUUUUUAUGAAAGAUUGGAAAACGAGUGUAGCUUAAUGUAAAAAUAUGUAAUCCAUAUCCAUAAUGGUAAGUUGAUAUUAUAUAUUCUAAAA